AUGUCGAGAUCGCACAAACAAUGUAAAUUAUCUUAUAAACUUCAAACUUAUUCGGAUACAAGAUUUAACGGUGCUUUUAUUACGAUGGAUAUUUUCUUAUUAGUAUUUGAUGAAAUGAUUAGUGUGUUGGAUUCAAGUUUUAUAAAUUAUUAUUUAUUAGUAGAUAAGGAAUUAUCAGAACGUGUUUGUUCAUUUUUAAAGGCAUUUGGAGAAGUCCUUGAAGAAAUGAGCAAUGAUAAAGUUCCAACAAUUUACAAAGUUUUGCCUUUACGAGAAUAUUUGCUGAAUCAUUGUAAACUUAAUCCCGAUGAUCAUGAUGGAAUAAAAGAGAUUAAAACAUUUUUAGAAUUGCGUAUUAAAAAUGUUUGGGUAUUGCAUGAUGUGCACUAUAUUACAAGUUUAUUGCAUCCUUCGUUCAAAGAUUUUCGUAUAAAUCCAGAUUUAAAAACAAAAGCGAUUGAUUUAGUGAAGAAUGCAAUUUGGCAGAAAUAUUUAUUAUCAACUAGCAAUGGUUCUGCGGCUAAUGUAGCACCAUUUAUUUCUACCUCAACAUCUGAUACUCAAUUAACAACCUCCAAUAGUCUUCUUUCAAAAUGUUUUGAUUCACCAAGAGAAAAUCGGUAG